AUGGAGCGAGUCGAGACGUCUGCACGCCUAACGAAGCUCAGAGAACUGAUGAGGAGUCAGCAUGUCGAUAUUUAUGUAAUCCCGUCUGAAGACAGCCAUGCCUCCGAGUACAUUGCGGCCUGUGACGCCCGGCGGGAAUUCAUCUCGGGGUUCAGUGGCUCAGCUGGAUGUGCUAUCGUCACACCAGACAAAGCAGCUCUGGCCACUGAUGGGCGGUACUUCAACCAAGCUUCACAACAGUUGGACGACAGCUGGUUGCUGCUCAAGCAAGGCCUCCAAGAUGUCCCUACCUGGCAAGACUGGUCGGCAGAGCAGUCUGCCGGAAGCAAGGUGGUCGCCAUAGAUCCCCAGUUGAUAUCGGGGUCCGCGGCCAAAAAACUCGCAGACAAAAUCGAAAAGUCGGGCGGCAGAGACCUUAAAGCACUAGAGCAAAACCUCGUUGAUCUAGUUUGGGCCCAGGAGAGACCAUAUCGCCCGAAGAACCCUGUCAUGCUUCUGCCGGACAAGUUCGCGGGCAAAGAUGUCAAGACGAAACUCACGGAUCUUCGCCGGGAACUAAAGAAGAGGGAUUCGGAGGCUCUGGUCGUGUCAAUGCUUGAUGAGGUUGCAUGGCUCUUCAACCUCCGGGGAAGCGAUAUCCCUUACAAUCCCGUUUUCUUUUCCUACGCCAUCGUUACUCUAGACUCGGCGGUGCUGUUUGUUGACAGUACUAGGCUUAGCGACGACUGCAGGGCCCAUCUUGAUCGCAACGGCGUUUUGAUCAAGCCAUACGGGCAGAUUUUCGAUGCGGCAAGAGACUUACAAGCGACUUCUACAGCAGACAAAGGUCGUACUGGCGCGGAACGAAAAAGAAUUCUCGUCUCAAACAAAGCGUCUUGGGCUCUGAAGCGAGCACUUGGUGGAGAGGGCCUUGUCGAUGAGAUCCGCAGUCCCAUCGAGGACGCGAAGGCCGUGAAGAAUGAAACCGAAAUAGCGGGCAUGAGGGCCUGCCAUGUCAGAGAUGGGGCCGCAUUGAUCGAAUACUUUGCGUGGCUGGAGGAUCAACUUAUUGCCAAGAAAACGACUCUGGAUGAAGUUCAAGCGGCGGACAAGCUCGAAGAGUUCCGUGCAAAGCGAGAGCACUAUGUCGGACUAUCGUUUGACACUAUAUCCUCUACAGGGGCAAAUGCUGCGAUCAUCCACUACAAGCCUGAACGUCGUAAAUGCUCUGUCAUUGACCCCUCGUCCAUCUAUCUAUGCGAUUCGGGCGGGCAGUACUUGGAUGGGACUACAGAUGUGACCCGAACCAUGCAUUUUGGACAGCCUACAGCGGCGGAGAGAACUGCAUACACCUUGGUUCUCAAGGGGAAUAUUGCGCUCGACACAGCAGUGUUCCCAAAAGGAACCACCGGGUUUGCGCUGGAUUGUCUUGCCCGACAAUUCCUCUGGAGAGAAGGUCUGGACUACCGACACGGGACGGGCCAUGGCGUGGGAUCAUUCCUGAACGUCCACGAGGGCCCAAUCGGCAUCGGUACGCGUGUCCAGUACGCAGAAGUGGCUUUGGCGCCUGGUAAUGUCGUGUCGAUUGAGCCCGGCUAUUACGAGGACGGUGUAUUCGGGGUUCGCAUAGAAAACCUCGCUCUGGUUAAGGAGGUCACAACAAAGCACACCUUUGGUGACAAACCUUACCUGGGAUUCGAGCAUCUCACUAUGGUACCGUAUUGCCGCAAUCUUAUUGCACCUAGCCUUUUGUCCGACUUCGAGAAGCAGUGGCUCAAUGACCAUCACGCAGACAUACUGGGAAAAUUCAAACAGAUGUUCGAAGAUGACCCGCUGACACUCACCUGGUUGACCAGGGAGACACAGCCAAUAUGA